CAUCACAUAAAAUUCAUAGAAUCAUAAAGAUAGGGUCUCGAUCUGUAUCUCUCUUCCCUCACUCUCUACUUUGUGGGUGCCAACGUGAGUGAGUUUGAGAAACCCCAAUGGCGGCUCUAUACGGAUCGACUACCCAUUACAAGACCAGUAACCUUUCCCUCUUUUUUCCCGCCAAAACCAUUAAUGCGGAAAGGAGAAGAGGACGAGGAGGAGGAAGAAGAAGAAGAAAAGAUGGUGUGGUGAUGCAAAAGCAAGUAGUGUCGUUCGAGGAAGGAGAGUUGGAGAGGCCGAGGUGGGCAGGGGAGACGCCUCUGUCACGGUUGGUCGGAGCGGUCAUUUCCUUCAAGCCACUCUACUCCAUACUCAAGCUUGGUGCCCGACAGGUUCUCAUCAGAACAGCUGAGAAAUCAAACAUUCCGUGGCGAGAAAUGACGAGAGAGAUUAUGGAGUCGCAAGUUUACGAGGAGAUGGAUCGCAUCCAAGACCCCUCCAUCGUUUAUCCUGACUAUUAUCUAAAACCAUUCCAUGCAUAUGAUGAGGGAAACUUUUCAUGGCUGGCUGCAGCAGAAGCAGAAGCUGCAACUAUGUCAAUGGUGAAACGAGCGAUACCUUAUGCUUCUUCCUUGGAUGAAGCAAAUCAAAUAUUGCGUGGAAAUUGGCUUCAAGAAAUUGAACAGCAUCAUUUAAAAUACUCUGGAGGUUCCAUGAUCAAAGAUAUUUUAGAUAUUGGAUGCUCUGUUGGUGUGAGCACAAGAUUUCUUGCUGACAAGUUUCCUGAAGCUAAAGCCACUGGGCUAGAUCUAUCACCUUACUUUCUCUCUGUAGCUCAAUACAAGGAAAGGGAAAGAGCCCUGCGAAAGAACCCAAUCAAAUGGUUCCAUGCAAAUGGUGAAAACACCGGCUUGCCAUCCAAAUCGUUUGAUCUUGUUUCACUUGCUUUUGUGAUCCAUGAAUGUCCUAGGAGAGCAAUAAUUGGCUUAGUAGAGGAAGCAUUCCGUCUUCUUCGGCCUGGAGGGAUCAUUGUUUUGACAGAUAACUCGCCAAAAUCAAAGAUCCUGCAGGUCAAAGAGAAGAAACCGAGUGAGUUGGAAGAUCAUGGAGGGAAAGGGGAGGAUGAGAAAACUGAAGCAAUAGAACUCGUCCUCUUUCAAGUUUCUGAAUGUUACGUUUAUUUGAUUCCACCACGGAAAAGUGCAGCUUCCUACAGGGCUGAUGAAUGGAAUGUUAACAAAUGGGUUUGGGAGGGGACAUUGAAGGUUAUUGGCAAGGGUGAGGAGUGCAUUAUCAGGCUUGAGGAUAAGACAACAGGGGAGCUGUAUGCUUGUGCAUUUCUGAGAAAUGGAGAGCCACAUCCUGUUGAACCUGUAAUCGACAGCAGUAGAUACUUCGUGCUACGAGUAGAAGAGAACAUUGGUGGUCGUCUUCGGCAUGCUUUCAUUGGUAUUGGGUUCAGAGAAAGAACACAAGCCUACGAUUUUCAAGCUGCCCUUCAUGACCAUAUGAAAUAUCUGAACAAAAAGAAGACUGCUGAGGAAAUGGAGCAGCACUACCAGCAAGCUUCUUCAGUUGAUUACAGUCUAAAAGAAGGGGAAACUCUGGUACUCCAAAUAAAGAAUCCAAAAGGAGGCCGCACUGUCAAUUCCACAUUCUUUGAGCAGGGUCUCAACAAUCUCUCAUUGGAUGAGAAAGCAAACAGAAGAGAGUCCACGAUUUGUCUCAAGCCACCACCCCCUCCUCUUGCACCACUUUCACCUGUUAAUGUUGGUCAGAGUUAUCCUGUGCCAUCAAACUUCAGUCUUGAAGGAACCAAGAAGGAUGAGGUCCUCCAUUCUUCAGAAGAUCAUCAGUCAAAAGAACCAUAUUCUCUUGAGAGCCCACAAGAUAUCCCAGAAGAUGACUUUGGGGAUUUUCAGACAGCAGUCUGAUUUUUUGUUUUUAAAGUUGCUCUUCUUCAAAAGCUUCAAUUGGUUGCAUGUUUCAAGCUAGCAGUUGACUGAGCUGGUUUUGGUUGAUGGACCUAUAAUUUGUUUUGUGAUCAUAUGCUUAUUAGCCUGGUAAAUAUUAUUUCUUUUGAAGCACUUUUAAGAUCAAAUUGUGUACAUUUUGUACUAUAGUGAAAUUGUCAUUUGAAGGCCUAGCAGCCUUUAUGGGU